GCUCAUGGGGCAGGAGCAGGGGCCUCCCAGCAGGGCCAUGAGCUCCAACAAGACACUGGUCAUGGAGUUUGUGCUGCAGGGCUUCUCAGAGCACCCAGAGCUGCGGCUGCCACUUCUGGGCUGCUUCCUCUCGCUCUACACCCUGGCGCUGGUGGGCAACACUGUCAUCAUUGCAUUGAUCAGCUGCAGUCCCAGCCUCCGCAGCCCCAUGUACUUUUUCCUCUUCAAUCUAGCCACCAUGGACAUUAUCUGCACCUCCUCUGUGCUUCCCAAGGCUCUAAUGGGUCUGGCCUUGGGAGAAAACACUAUCUCCUUCCCAGGAUGCAUGGCCCAACUCUUCUUUCUCCUCUGGUCCCUGUCUUCUGAGCUCCUGCUACUCACAGUGAUGGCUUAUGAUCGCUACGUGGCCAUCUGCCACCCUCUGCAUUAUAGCUCCAUAAUGAGCCCUCGGCUGUGUGGGGCCCUGGCCACGGGCGUGUGGCUCAUCUGUGCCAUCAAUGCUUCGGUGCACACUGGGUUGAUGGUGAGACUGACCUUCUGCGGCCCCAAUCUUAUCACACACUUCUUCUGCGAGAUCCCCCCUCUCCUGUUGCUCUCCUGCAGUCCCACGCUGGUGAACAGCAUCAUGACGGUUCUGGCCGAUGCCUUCUAUGGGGUCAUAAACUUCCUGCUCACCCUGAUGUCCUAUGGGUUCAUCAUUGCCAGCAUCCUGCGCAUUCGGUCAGCUGAGGGCAAGCGGCGAGCUUUCUCCACCUGCUCGUCCCACUUGCUGGUGGUCUCCGUGUACUACUCAGCUGUAUUCUGCUCCUACAUCAGCCCUGCCUCCAGCUAUGGCCCUGAGAGGAACAAAGCAUCUGGAGCACUGUAUACAGCCCUGAGCCCCACCCUGAACCCCAUCAUCUACUCUUUGAGGAACACUGAGGUCAAGAAUGCCCUGGAGAGACUCAUCCCCCGUCUGAAGCGUUGAUGGUCUCACUCCAGCCCUCCCUC